AGUUGAAAGGAUAUUCCAUUAAUUAUACAUCAAUUACAUUUUAUUUAUAAAAAAUUAAAUGAAACUCGAUCCUAAUUACAGCUUCAGUUCAGAGAAUGUGUUGUGUAGUACCAAACUCCAAAAGUUUAACUCUCACCUUUUAACCGUUCAUUAAUAUUCCAAGAUUUUCAUUGGGGUGUGUGUCAAAUGCGCUCUCUCUCUCUUUGUCUCUCUCUAUCCAACUGCUGUUUCUUGAACACCCGCUUCAAUUCUGCCCUCACACACUUCACAUACAGUUAUACCAAAUCUGGAUUAGUACGGCGUUUUGUGUACUGAAUUCUUGUCCUGUUGCUUAAUUUACUCCACCUUAGUGUGGGUACAUUUUCGGGUAUGUAAAUUCUUGAGGAUAUAUGAUGAUGCCAAGGAACACUGUUGCUUCUUGGGUUCUUGCACUCUGUUGUUUCGGGUUAUUGAGAUUGUCCGAUUCCCAGGUACCACAGGAAGAAGAUCCCUUGGAACGAAGAUUGCCAACCGGAGUUCAUGAGCCAGAGUUGUUCAGUAGUUAAUCUCUCAACCUUAUUCCGUGUUGUACGAGAUUCAUUUUGUGACAACUUUUUUGUAUUGUCCUUAGUGGAUGCUCUCCAACAAAUUGCCACUGAGAUGGGUGCAACACAAUGGAGAUUCAAUGGUGAUUCAUGUGAAGUUGAGAUGGUUGGGAUUUCGUCAACACCGCCAAGUGGUGCUGAGGGUUAUGUUGAAUGUAACUGCAACUAUAACAACAACACUGUCUGCCAUGUCACAAAAAUCGUUCUUAAGAGUUACAAUCUUCCUGGAGUUAUUCCGGUUAAUAUUGUGAAGCUACCCUACCUUCAAGAAAUUGAUUUUGCCUACAACCUCCUCAGUGGUACAAUUCCUCUAGAAUGGGCCUCAACACAAUUGAAUUCUGUCUCUGUUCUUGUAAACCGCUUGUCAGGGGAAAUUCCAAAGGAAUUGGGAAACAUUACUAGCCUCACAUACUUGAACCUUGAAGCAAACAAUUUUUCGGGGCCAAUUCCUUCUGACAUUGGGAAGUUGAUAAACUUGAAAACUCUGAUCUUGUCCUCCAAUCAAUUGACGGGGCAAUUGCCAACAUCAUUUUCAGCAUUAACAAAUUUAAAUGAUUUUAGGAUAAAUGACAACAACUUAAGUGGGCAAAUUCCUGACUUCAUCCAGAACUGGAAACAACUUAACAAAUCAGAAAUGCUAGCAAGUGGACUGGAGGGGCCCAUUCCGUUAAACAUAUCUCUACUGAACAGAUUAACUGACUUGAGAAUUAGUGACUUAAAGGGGCCCCCUCAAGAAUUUCCAGUACUAAGGAGCAUCACAGGCCUAACAAUAUUGGUGUUGAGAAAUUGUAACAUUUCUGGAGCAAUCCCUGCAUAUAUUUGGAGACUUAGAGUUCUGCAAUUGUUGGAUGUCAGCUUCAACAAGUUAGUAGGACAGAUUCCAAAUAACAUUGCAAGAAAUCUUAAAAGCGUAUUCAUGACUGGCAACAUGCUAAGUGGAAAUAUUCCCGAUACAAUCUUCAAGGACGGAAGCAACAUUGAUAUUUCUUACAACAAUUUUACUUGGCGAGGGCCUGAUGAACGUGCUUGUCAAAUGAACCAAAACAUAAACUUGUUCAAAGGCACAUCAACUCCAAACACAUUACAACGAAUCCUUCCAUGUUCCAGGAAUGUAGCCUGUCCAAAAUAUAAAUGUUCUUUGCAUGUUAAUUGUGGGGGCGAUGAUUUGACUGUCAAAGAAAGCAGCAGAAGAGUUAUUUAUGAAGGAGACGGUGGAGGUGAUACUCCGAGAUAUUUAAGUAAUAAUUAUUGGGGCUUUUUCAGCAGCGGAGAGUUCAUGGAUGUAUCUAAUUUCCAAAGUUCACGUUCAGUUACACCUACAACAACCACGAAUCUCUCUGACUUGUAUACCAGGGCACGCCUUAGUCCUGCUUCUGUUACAUAUUUCCAUUAUUGCCUCAAGAAUGGGAGUUACAAUGUGAGCCUGCAUUUUGCCGAAAUUCUCUUCACAAACGACGAAACAUACAACAGUCUCGGAAGGCGGAUGUUUGACAUAUACAUCCAGGAAAAUCUAGUCUGGAAAGAUUUUAAUAUUGAAGAGAAGGCUCGUGGAACUGGAAGGCCUCUGGUUGAACACUUUAAUGCCACAGUGGAGGAUGGUACCUUGGAGAUCAGAUUCUACUGGGCCGGUAAAGGGACUACACGAAUUCCUAAUAGAGGAGAUUAUGGUUCUCUUGUAUCAGCUAUAUCAGUCAAUCCAAAUUUCAGGGUUUGUUCGGAUGGUAACAAGAAGAAUAUAACUGCUUAUAUCAUAGGUGCAGUAGUACCAGUAUGUGUUAUUUUCUUGAUAUUAGGCAUCCUUUGGUGGAAAGGUCUUUUAAGAGGCAGAAAACCAGCAGGAAAAGAUUUUGAAGGGCUGGAACUGCAAACUGUUGCUUUCUCUCUGAAACAAAUCAAAGCUGCUACUAACAACUUCGAUGCUACAAACAAAAUUGGAGAAGGGGGUUUUGGGCCUGUGUACAAGGGUCUGCUGCCUGACGGCACUGUGAUUGCUGUCAAGCAGCUCUCAUCUAGAUCAAGACAGGGAAACCGUGAAUUUCUGAACGAGAUUGCGAUGAUUUCUUGUUUACAACACCCAAAUCUUGUGAAGCUCCACGGGUGCUGCAUAGAAGGAGAUCAAUUACUACUCGUAUACGAGUAUAUGGAAAACAAUAGCCUUGCCUAUGUGUUAUUUGAUUCAAACAAAAGCCAGUUGAUCCUGGACUGGCCCACAAGGUACAAGAUCUGUAUUGGAAUUGCAAGAGGAUUAGCUUUUCUUCAUGAGGAAUCAAGACUCAAAAUUGUUCAUCGAGACAUCAAAGCCACUAACGUGCUGCUAGACAAAGAUCUAAACCCUAAGAUAUCAGAUUUCGGGUUGGCUAGGCUCAAUGAAGAUGAGAAGACACAUAUCAGUACCAAGGUUGCUGGAACAAUAGGAUAUAUGGCGCCUGAAUAUGCACUAUGGGGUUAUCUGACUGACAAAGCAGAUGUUUACAGCUUUGGAGUUGUGAUUUUGGAAAUUGUCAGUGGCAAAAGCAACAACAAUUACAUGCCGAGCCACAAUUUCGUUUGCCUUCUUGAUUGGGCCUGUCACUUGCACGAAAACAAAAACAUAGAUGAACUGAUUGACGAGAGAUUGGGUUCUCAAUUCAACGAAGAGGAAGUAGAAAGAACGGUGAAAGUAGCACUCCUGUGCACGAACGCAACUCCAUCCGUUAGGCCCACGAUGUCCGAGGUGGUGCAGAUGAUCGAGGGGAAAAUGGAGAUCCCAGAUGCAGUUCCGGUUGUGGGGAGUACAUACACCAGUGACGUGAGGUUCAAAGCCAUGAAAGACUUCCACCAACAGAAGAGGAAAGAAAGCUCAGCUGGAAGUACUGAUACCCAGAUAAAUUCAAGAACCAUGCGUAGAGAUGCAGGCUUUUCUUCAUAUACCUCUGUGUUUGAUGAAAUCAGCGGAAACUCUGUAUCACCAUUGUGAGUCCGGCUGCAGUGGUUGCAGCUGCAUUCUUUCAUUGGAAUUAAUGUUAUGUAAUGUAAAUUUGUAGACUUAGUUUUGAGCUCCGAUCAUCAACACUCAACAGUGUAGCCACUUAUAUGAAUUAUAGUUUAUACAUUUCUUAAAAUAUUUCUACUAAUAUGGCUUAUGGAUUAUGUA